UGAUCUGUCAAAAAAAAUGAAGCUGGCUAAAGCGUGUGGCGUGUUUUUUCACCAAUAAUCAUUAAAUUAUUUUUUACAACCUCCAUCUGAACGAGCAACUUGCAAAAUGUGAUAUUUGUGUACUGUGAAUCUUAAAGACCAAAUAUAUAGGCUCAUUGGAACGAGUAUUCAUGUGCAAAUCGGCAAAAAUGGUGUCCAGCAGUACUAGGGUGAUUCAAGUCACCAACAUCGCUCCUCAGGCGACUAAGGAUCAGAUGCAAACCCUGUUUGGGUAUCUAGGGAAAAUAGAUGACAUCAGGUUGUAUCCUACGAUACGAGAUGUGUCCUGUCCGGUGCAGUCUCGUAUAUGUUACGUGAAGUACUACGAUUCGGCGACGGUCAACGUCGCUCAACACAUGACGAACACAGUGUUCAUCGAUCGCGCGCUAAUCGUCAUUCCCAUGCAGUCCGGUGAGAUCCCCGAUGAGCACAAGGCGCUGGAAAUGUCAAGUAAUGGAACGUUAGUGCCCGGUCUCAAUAACGCGGAGCCACGUCUCCCGGCGCACGUCGUCAACUCGUUAGAGGGCGUCCCGCCGAGUCAAGUCAUUCAGACGUACGACCCUAAGUUAGCAGCCGCAGGAUUACCGCCGUACCCGCCCCUACCAGCCGCAUACGAGUCGCGGAAGAUUGAAGAAAUAAGACGGACAGUGCUACUCAUCGAUGUGGGUGCCCUGACCUAUCAACAAAUUAUAGAUCACUUUAGCCAAGCUGGUGAAGUCAACUAUUUGCGUUUCUGUGACAGAGAUGUAGACCAACUGAAGUAUGCGCUGCUGGAGAUGUCCGAACAAGAGAGUGUUAUCAAAGCACUCCAGCUCAACGGAACCACUAUUGCGGGACAAACGAUUUUGGUGCACCACGCCACGCAAGCGAUAUGUAAGCCUCAGACUAAGAGCAACGAGGCGGCGCAGCGGGAGAUAGAGGAGGCCAUGUGCCGCGUCAAGGAGGCGCAGAGUCUCAUCUCGGCGGCUAUAGACCCCGUCAUCGGAAUGCUGUCUAAGGAUAAGAGAAGGUCCCGAUCUCGAUCCCGACGCCGCUCGCGGUCGCGAUCGCGGCGCUCGCGCUCCCGGCACCGCAGCAAGCGCUCGCGCUCCCGCUCGCGGCACCGCUCCCGCCGCUCGCGCUCGCGACACAGGCACCGCACCAGGUCGCGCUCCCGUCACCGCAGCUCGCGUCGGUCGCGCUCGCGGUCGCGCCAUCGCAGCUCGCGCUCUAAACGCGACCGCUCGCGUGACCGAGACCGAAAGGACAAGAAAGACGACAAGCGAGACAAAGACAGAGACAAGGAUAAGGACAAGGAGAAAGAGAAAGAAAAGUCCAAAUCACCACCCAAAGAGGUCGAGAAAGAAGAAAAGGAAGAAGUUAAACCUGAAAAUACUGAACCCGAAACCAAUGGAACUAUUACGGAAGUUAAAUCCAAAGCGUCUUCACCAGUCGACGAUAAGGAUAAAAGCGACGUAGAAAAGGAAAAAGACGUUAAAGAGAAAGAGAAAUCGCCCGUAAAGAAAAAGGACAGAUCUCGAUCUAGAGACCGCAAACGCGAUCGCUCGCGUUCCAAGCGCAGAUCUCGAUCGCGAUCGAGGAGGAAACGGUCGAGAUCCCGUCGAAGAUCGAGGUCUAGGGAUAGAAAGAGGUCCCGUUCCCGGGAUAGGAAACGCUCUAGAUCGCGGGAUAGAAAACGGUCCCGUUCGAGGGACAGAAAGAGAUCAAGGUCGAGGGAUAGAAAACGGACGCGGUCGAGGGAUAGAAAACGUUCGCGUUCGCGUGAUCGUAAACGCUCCCGCUCCCAAAGCCGUAGAUCCAAGAGUCGCUCGCACAGAGAUUCCAAGACUCCCCACGAGAGGAAGUCACGUGAGCGCUCACCAAACCUUCCGCCAGUUUUGGAGGAGAAAAAUAAUUCUAUACUAGAGAAACCAAUUGAUAUAGCAGACGAGAAGAAUUCACCAGACAACAUGGACAUCUCAAAUUCUCCAUAAACACGCAUGUUUUUUUAUUUUCAUGUAAAGAUGGACAUUAUUGAAAUUGUUGUACGUAGGAGUAAGAUUUUUUUUUAUAGAGUCCCUCAUUUAAUUUUUAGUGCUCAUCCAUCGUGCGUCUCAUUUAGUAUUGAUUUUUAAAAUUGGUUGACAAAUAGGGUAAGAGUAAUAAAAUAACUGAAUUGUA